ACUGACCAUUACUCCUGAGAAGAGUGGGAGGUAUGGACUUUGCUAUUCAUAGUAUUUUGUAUCUUCAUUUGAGAAGGUAUGAUUUUGUUGCACAUUCCAGAACUAACUUUGGAAGUUGAGGAAUGUCAGUGAUGGAAAUAUCCCCUUUAAUUAUGGAAAAUGUCAUGAUCAAUAAGGUUGAUGACCCUGAUGAAACUGUUACCAUCUAUGCAAAAGAUGAAAAGAAGCAGACAAAAGGAGGAAGAGAGAAAACUAUCAUGCAGGAAGAUAUUCAUGAUAAACAAACAUGGGAUAAUAACAAUGGAAAUAUUCCCAUAAACAUGGAAAAGGAUGGGAUCUACCAUGUGCACAAGCCCAAUGAAAAUGAUGAAGAAUCAAAAUUUGGAGUGAACAAGAAGGAAGGAGCAGGUGAUAAUUAUAGAUGUGAUUACAAUGAUGGUAAUAUGCAGAUAACUAUGAAAAACAGUGAGAUCACCCACAAUAAUGACUCAGAUGAACCUGAAGUUGAUAUUACAAAUAUACAAAUUGAUAAGAAUCUACAAAAAAGUGACAAUAUGAUAAAGCUGGAAAAUAUACGUGACCAUCAAGCAUGGGAAGUCAACAUGUGCAAGACUCCAGAAAACAAAGAAGAUUCUUCUAGUGAUAGUGGUGGGAUGACAAUGGUGGAAAUAUCUCCCCAAAUGAUAGAACUUAUUUUUAUCAAUCAGGUUGAUGACCCUGAAAAAACUAUUACCAUCUAUGUGAAAGAUGUAAAGAAGCAAACAAAUAAGGGAGGAAGAGAGAAUACUAUUGUACAGGAAAGUAUUCAUGAUCAACAUGUAUGGAAAAACAACAAUGAAAAUAUUCUCCCAAACAUGGAAAAGGAUGGUACCUAUCAUGUGCACAAGCCCAAUGAGCCUGAGGCAUGUAGUACCAUGGAGUUGAAUGAUAAAGUAAACCAAUCAAACUCUGAGCAAAUUGAGAGAAUGAUUUCAGAGAAAGGUGGGGGUGAUCAGCAGGCCUGCAAUGCCAAUAUUAGCAUUGAAAGCUUUGGAAAACACCAAAUAUGUAAGGAUAAUUAUCCAGCUGAAAAUGAUGAAGAGUCGAGAUUGGGAAUGAACAAGAAGAAAGGAGCAGGUGAUAAUUAUGUAUGUGAUUGCAAUGAUGGUGGUAUUCAGAUGACUAUGGAAAACAAUGAGAUCACACACAAGAAUGACUCAAAUGAACCUGAUGUUAUCAUCACAAAUGUACAAAUUGAUAUUAAACUAACAACAAAUGACAAUAUGAUAAUGUGGGAUAAUGUAGGUCAUCAUCAAGCACGGGAGGUCAACAUGUGCAAGAUUGCAGAAAACAAAGAUGAUUCUUCUAGUGAUAGUGGGGAUGAAGGAGGGAUAUGGUUCACAGCACCAGUGACUGAUCCAGAAGAUGAGAACCUCCUACCAACUUUUUUUGAUGAGGAAAUACCAAGAUAUUUUGGAUGGGAGCAAUCCAUGUGGUGUUUUUUAGAAGGAAAGGAAAAAUUCUAUUCUUACUUUGGUGAGAGAAUAAGUGACACAUCAGAGAAUACAAUAGAAGGAAAAAGCAGUAAAAAGAGGAGGCUGCUUUCAUUCUUUAGAUGUUUCUCACGGACAUCUAGAAAACAGAAAAAGGUACAUCAUGAAAAGUCAAUUUCAGGGGAUUCAAAAAGAACCAGCGAUGAAGACGUCUCUGAAGACAAAGUGUCCCCAGAUUGCUGUAUUUUUUCAUGUGUUUUUUCUUCUGGGAAAUAGGAGAGAAACCCCAGGAAAUAAAGUUAGGAGAGGAAA